AAAAAAGAGUGAUAAAAGUUACCUAAAAUUAGUUUGGGUGAUUCAUCUGACCCAGGCAAGUUCUGUUCUGGGUGCUGAGGUCCAGCAUCAUGGCUGAUGGCUUUUGGGAUGUGUGGGGACAUUUGGGGGACAGGGUUGGAUAGGAUGCUAUCCAUUUAUCAAGAAGGCAGAAGAGGAGCCUGUAGAUUGCUAAUACAGGCUGCGUGUGUGUAGGGAGUGUUUAAGACAUGGUCAUCACAGGCACUGUGUCAGGCUCACUAGGAAUGAGGUGCAUCAGUUUUAGCUGGGGAUGUGACAAAGUAUUUUUGGAUUCAGGUGUACCUUUGACAGAAUUUUAGGACAACCUCUAAGACUGACUCGAGACAGCAUCAGCCUGUUUACAACCCACAAAAUCUGACUUACGAAAAUUUCAUCCAAGCAUGGUGACACAUGCCUGUGAUCCCAAUACUCAGGAGGCUGAGGCGGGAUUGCUAGGCGUUCAAGGCCAGCCUAGACUACAAAGUGAGUUCAAGCCAACCAGAGCUACAUGGCAAGACCCUGUCUCCAGAAACUAAAACAAAAGAAAAAGCCAGAAAGCAUUCCUUGUAGCAGAGUGCCUUGUGAUCCACAAACAGGCCCCCAAACUCAAGUUUAAAAAAUGAGGCAAAAACAUAUUUUAAAAAGCAGCGCUGAUUUAUUUUAUCCUCGGCCCAGCCACACAGUGCAGUUGGAGAGUGCAAAAGCUGUGUGUGUCCUGCCCCCCAUACUUGCAGCCUUUAUAUAUAUAUCACUGUUUACAAAGUAAGGGGUUUGGGCGUGGAUCAGGAGGUAGGCUAAUGGGGAAGAUCCUUGUUUUCCUCAGCAGAGAACAGAGGAGUCUAGCAGCAAUUAACAACCUUUUGUUAUCUUAUUUUAGCACCACAUCGGUUAUUUGUAGAGGGCAGCAAUGGUUAACAAUUAGGUUAGGAUCCCAGGAAUUUACAGUUCUUCACAGAGGAGAGCAUUGAUUAACAUAUCAAUUAGGUCACCCAGAGGAAAAGAAACACGCAUAUAGAACAGUAGGCCACAUUACAGGUAUUUUGGUAUAAUACAAAUAUAACGAAGGUUUUUGCUAGUGUACAACAAGUGCAGUGAUGUGUGCCUGUAAUCCCAGCUACUCGGCAGGCUGAAGCAGGAUUGCAAGUUCCAGGUCAGCCUAGGGAAUUUAGUAAGACUUAAGUCAAAAAGGACCAGGGGAGGUGGCAGUGGCUGAGUGCUUGCCUCGCCACUGUCCCCAGAACCAUCAGUGCCUGGUACAUACACCCUUUUCUAUUUUGUGCUUGGUAUUGGGGUUCUUUUGUGGUGUUUUAGUUUUUGCUCUUUGUUAUUAGGGAGUAUUUGUUUUGGGGGGAGGGGGUUGGGACAGCAUCUUGCUGUGUAGUUCAGGAGAAGCCAGGGCAUCACAUUUUCCCAUGUGACAUCGUCCAGUUUAUGUACGAGCUCAACAACAUGUAGCACCAUGUGCGGACCCUGUGAUGGCCCUGCAGAUUGCCCCUGCCACGCACCGGCUGGAAGUUAUAGUGGUUACAACCGAGAGAGCCAAGCAUUUCUACAGCCCCCAGGACGUUCCUGUCAGCCUCUACAGUGACACCGAUGAGUGGGAGAUGUGGAAGCGCCGCUCUGACCCUGUUCUGCACAUUGAACUGCGGCGAUGGGCAGACCUCAUGCUGGUGGCUCCUCUGGAUGCCAACACUCUGGGGAAGGUAGCCAGUGGCAUCUGCGACAACUUGCUUAGGCACACUGAGGACUUCGGAAGCACUCAGUCUGGACAGAGAGGGUUUGAUCCCCACUCAGGCAGGAGAGGACUGUUCCAUGGAGAGUGGUGUGGUCUUCAUUGGCUGCUGUCAGUCCUGGGGAUCUGCUGGGCACUGGAUAAAUGGGGCCUACAAGCUGCAGGAAAGAACUUUUACUCCCACGGGUCAUUGCGAGUGUUAGAGACCUGUGUCAUCCGGGCCUGGGACCACAACAAGCCCCUGCUCUUCUGCCCUGCCAUGAACACAGCCAUGUGGGAGCACCCAGUCACUGCGCAACAGGUGGGCCAGCUCAAGGCCUUUGGCUACACUGAGGUUCCCUGCGUGGCCAAGAAGCUGGUGUGUGGAGACCAAGGUCUCGGGGCCAUGGCUGAAGUGGAGACCAUUGUGGAGAAAGUAAAAGAAGUCUUCUCUCAGCACCAUGGCAUCCAGCAGAGUUGAACUGAAUCUUCUGUUACGGGCAUUGCCUUGCCUCCACGAGUUUUCAGGCUGGAAAAGAGGAGGGCAGCCGAAUCUGGUGAAGGCUCCAGUGUUUGCUGAGGAGGCAUCUGGCCUGAGUGUUUUGCGCUUUCCCAGGACUCGACCUACUCCAGGUCAGACUGGACAGUCAAGCCCCUUCUUUGAACAAGAGAUGCCCACUAGAGGAGGGGGGCUCCCUCCUUGACUCUUCCUGGAAUGGGCACAGCAAACCAAGGAGACUGUCCCUGUUCCCCUGGGAAGGGAUGAUCAUUCAGGAAUCUCUCAGAGACCGGGAGAUCUUGUUUUCCCCCAAAACUGGUUUUAAGAACACCAUGGCUGGAGAUCACUGGCAUGGUGGCCCUGGACAUUCUUUGGUGAGGAGUCACGGUGCCAUGCAGAGGUGACAAGACUCUCUGAUUUCCCACACACCGUGCUGUGAGAUUGGGGAUGCUGGAAAAUAAAGCAAAGCACAUUUAUCCUUC